AUGAACAUAUCCUCUGAAUGGAGGAAGGUUAAUAGCAGCUUCAGCAACUUCAGAAUGAUGGGAUCAGUCUUCACCAUUCCGAACAGUUUCUUUACAAUAUUCCAUAGGCCAGUGGGGCAGCUGUCAUACGCAGUAAGCCUGUCGUUUUCGGGAAAGGGGGGAUGCCCCAUAAUGUGGCUUCGGGCCCGUUUUAGCGAUUUGGGAAGAUCCAGUACCGUUUGUGGUAGGGGUUUGGUGUUAUCAGAUGCUGCGAGAAUCACCAAAACCCCCCAAUUCUCUAAGCGACAAGCCAUGCUCCAUGGCGGCAAUGUCCGCGUCUUCCAAAGGAAGCAGAAGAUCAUUCUGUCGAAUACCGAGAACUCUAUUGGUCUAUCAAUUGGGCUGGGCUAUAUGAUUUUUCCCCGGGUCACAGGGAGACAGAGAGUGCGAAAGAAGCCUGAGAGGCAGAAGGAGAAACAGUUAUGUAUUUUUCAAGGGGGGAGAUACCCGAUUAGACAAGAAAAAAUAAUACCAAAGUCCCUAGUCUCCAUUACACCGUCAAGAACAGGCAACAAUCUUCCGAACAUGUCGCAGAUUUACUCAAGCUUUGAUAUCUCCAGACUUGUAACAGACCUAAACUCAACCAACAAAGCUCUUCUCGUGAGAGCAGAAGUACGACAAGACCAGGGAAUCGUAGUUAUCCAGCAUUUCUGCCCCUUUCCGAUCGCUGAGAUGGUGUACAGCAUCCGAAUCGUUGCAGGCCUCAUCACAAAGCCAGCAUGGCGUUUCCCCACCAUAAGGGAUUUAAUCCCCAAGCAUCUUUUUUGCAGGGGUGGAAAGUUUUGCUCCAUGAUAGGCUGGUCUUGUCAUUUGGAACGGUGGAGGAAGAAGGGCAUAGGGACUUUAACCAUUUUAGAAGAACAGAAGUUCACCGUAGUGUCUACAACGAAAGAACAAAAGGGGAAGAGGAGGCUUUAUACACCUGAGUUCGAGACCGCAGACUACAGAACUCUUGAAGCCAACAGACGUCUCCUUUCCGCAGAUUUCACAAUCUCAGAUGAGCACACGUGA